GCGGCGUCGUUUUAUGGUUUAACGACCAAGGAAUAUCAAACUUGCCGAUAAGAGCAUUUGCCUCCAUCUGGUGGGCUCUGCUCCGGCUCCGAGCAGUGUCGCCGUUCGCCGAUUCACGGAGAUUUGCAGCGAAGCCAUGGAAGACACUUUCGAUAAAGCCACAGCGGCAGCUGAAGAGCUAUAUCAAAUCAGAGACACCUACUUUCCUGUAAAUCCCGAUGACAAAAUUUCCAAACUGCGAGAGUUAUCGGAUCUUGCUAUCAAGAUCCUCGAUUCCAUUCCUCCAGAACAAAGGAAAUCACCUUUGCAGCGUGCUAUGUACGAAUACCUAAGAGGAAAAAUGUUGGAUGUAUUUCCAGAAUAUAGAAAAGAAGCAGAGGAUCAUCUCUCAAAAGCUGUUAAGUUGAAUCCAUCUCUUGCCGACGCCUGGCUGUGUUUAGGUAACUGCAUUUGGAAAAAAGGAGAUCUAUCUUCAGCAAAGAACUGCUUUACUUUAGCCUUAAACAAGCGCCCCGAGAAAAAAUUACUUUGUCAGUUAUCAAUGCUUGAAAGGAAAAUUGCUCAAGAUACUGAGAAUGAGGCAAAACUUGUAGAGGAGAGUAUUCAACAUGCAAGAGAAGCAGUUACUUUGGAUGUUAAAGAUGGAAACUCUUGGUAUAAUCUAGGAAAUGCAUGCCUUACAAGUUUUUUUGUCACUGGAGCUUGGGAUCACAAUAAACUUCUGCAAUCUCUGAAGGCAUAUCAAAAUGCUGAAAAAGAUGAAAAAAUGAUGUCAAAUCCAGACUUAUAUUUCAAUUGUGCAACUGUUAACAAAUAUCUGGAGAACUAUGAGAGGGCCCUAAGUGGAUUUGAGGCUGCUGCUUUGAAGGAUCCUAGUCUUAGUGCUACCAAGGAGGUCCAGAAGAUGGUGAAUCUUCUUGACAAAUUGGAGAACAUGUUGAGGGCACAUGCUAAAACCCGAAGAGUUACAUCAUUGGCGUCAUCAGUGGAUAUUGUCAGUUCGAAUUCCUCAUACAAGAGAGCCACGGUAGAUCUUCUGUCAGAGGGUCUGAACAAAACAGUUGCCGUAAUUGGAAAGGUGCUGUUCUUCAUCAAGCACGACAGUCUUGCACCACUAUAUUAUUUGGUGUGUGAUUCAAACCAAACAUGCUUUGUUUUAUCUUUGUAUGGUAUGCGGAAUGAUACGGUCAAGGAAGGAGAUCAGAUAACGCUAUUGGAGCCCUAUUAUCGCAACUUCGAUUUUUCUUGGAAGGGAAAGCAUUACCGGUUCAAAUCAAUCCGUGUCGAUUUCUUAGAACAAGUUCUCAUCAACGGAAAAGCUCCACCUCCUCACCAAGCGGUCCAGACGUCGAUAUAUGCCCAACAUAAACCUUCUUAGUUGACUGCCUCUUCCAUGUCUUGGAUGGUCAUCUGUGUGUUAACUGUAAAUAGAUUUGGAAUGUGAAUGAAAGAUCUGUGGAAAUUUUGGACAAUCAGCACCAAGAGGAAUCAGAAGAAAACUCAUGCAUGGGAGUUUGCAGUUUGUUGUUGAACUUGCUGGGUGUUGUACUUUGAAUCUAUUUAUUGGGUGAUGUAUUUGAUAUUGUUUUUUCCCCUAUAAAAAUUACAGUCCUAGAAUUGUAAAUUUCUCACCAAAAUGGUUUUGUAUAGAGUGCCAAUAUUGCUAACGUUCAUGAACAGUCUUCUAUUAUUA